UAGACGGCACGCCGGCGGCCACAGUUGUCCGGUGUCUGACCAGGAUGGAACGGUGAGUGAGGAACACACCAGACAGCAGCUCACAGUGAGCUCAACGUGCCAGCGCGCCCUGAACUCAUCACGUGCCCGCGCGCAUUAGCACGGUUUCAUUCCACCUCCAGAGACAACAAGUGUCACCGGAGACAUAUUUAACCGGGACAACAGGACAGAGAUCAAACCGUUAGAGACCUUCUCCCUUUCUCUCUCUCUCCUCCCUUGUUUUCUUUUUUACCGUUUUAUUUGCGUUUUAACCGGGACUAGUCUCAAGCCAAUGCGGUGGAGAGCUGGGUUGGUGUUGCUGCUGUGUUGGGGCACCACCGGGGAGCUACGUCAUCAACCCGGGGACUCCCCGGAACAUGAAGACCUGACGAGCAAACAGCAGGCCGACUCGGUGUCCGUGAGCAUGCGUCAGCAGCGGUCCCGGCCGCCGGUAGAACCCUUAGACUUUGGGUUCGUCCCCUCCGGUGUGUACGACACGCACGCCUACUACGAACCCGGCGCCGUCGGCGUUCUGUUCCACAUGGUGCACUCGUUCCUUUACGUGGUCCAACCGAACCCCUUCCCUAAAGAUCUCAUCGUUAAAGUCAUCCAACAGAACAUGGGAGGGAUAAAACUGGAGGACUAUCGCAAGCCAGAGAACGUUGUCUUAAUGCUGCAGACCAUCUACUACGAGGCGGGCUUCCUGGUGUGCGUGACUCUGGGCUGCGUGUUCCUGGUUUUGACCCCCGUCGUAGGUGUGUGUUUCUGUGCGUGUCGCUGCUGUGAGAACUGCGGAGGGGAGAUGCACCAGAGACAGGGGAAGAACCCCGACUGUCAGAGAGGAUUCUACACCGCCGCUCUCAUCACCACCUCCAUGUUCAUCAUGACCGGGGUGCUGAUGGCUCAUGCUGCCAACCACAACGUCACGUCUCAGAUCAAAUCAACUCGCCGUUUCAUCAGCACCAACAUGAGAGACCUGGAGACCUUCGCUAACAACACACCAGCGCAAAUUGCCCAUCUGACGGCCCAGUACACUACAUCUAAGAAUAAGGUCCUGUCUGACCUGGACAACAUCGGGCCUCUGUUGGGUGGGAGGAUCCAGACUCAGCUGGAGAAGGAAGUAGUUCCUUCUUUGGACACAGCUCUGCGCAUGGCUGGAG